CGGACAUGUAACUGCAUCACAAAACCAGCCUCCAUAUGAACAUAUCAAGCUGCAAAGUUUCCCGUGGACAUGGCACAGUUUCACGUCUUUGAAGCACCUGUAUCAGGCUUUAAUUUCGAGAAUUCGACAAGAAAUGUUUUAUUGGAGAAUGCUCUGGGUGAGGGGAAAAGUAAGACGCCCAAACCUGUCAAGACUGGCACAACCAUCGCAGGAGUGGUGUUUAAGGAUGGUGUGGUCCUGGGAGCUGACACAAGGGCUACCUCCAGCGAAGUAGUUGCUGACAAAAUGUGUGAAAAAAUUCACUACAUUGCUCCAAACAUAUAUUGUUGCGGAGCAGGGACGGCAGCAGACACAUUUAAAACUACAGAAUUGCUCUCUUCCAACCUCGCCAUUUUCUCCUUGAAUAGCGAGAGGAACCCCAGAGUCACCAUGGCAGCUCACAUACUACAGGAUAUGCUCUUCAGAUAUCGAGGUAUGAUUGGGGCAAAUUUAAUUCUAGGAGGGGUCGACUUCACAGGGAAUCAUCUCUACACAGUGGGGCCCUAUGGGAGCAUGGACAAGCGUCCAUAUCUUGCAAUGGGAUCCGGCGAUUUAGCUGCUAUGGGUAUCCUGGAGGACAGAUUUAAAGCCAAUAUGGAGCUAGAUGAGGCUAAGGCAUUGGUGUGUGAUGCGAUCCAUUCGGGCAUCAUGAGUGAUCUUGGUUCGGGUCACAACAUAGACCUAUGUGUGAUCACCAGACAAGGGGUUGAUUACAUCAGACCUUAUCAGGAGUCUGAAUACAAAGACACAAGAAAGGACAAAUAUAAGUAUAAGCCAGGAACCACCCCAGUUUUGACAGAGAAUGUGGUUCGUCUGGAGCUGGAGCUACUGCACGAGACAGUUCAGACUAUGGAAACAGCCUGAGCUAAGAAAGCACAAUCAGUCAUGAUGUUUGUUAUUCAGUACCAUUUAUUCACCAUUUAUUACCAUCAUCAUUAACUUUUGUUAAUGCUUAUUGAUAUAAUGAUAUUGUAAUAAAUGCAUGAUAUCCUGG